GCCCAUAUUCUGCGACACCGCUCUCUUGGCCCAGUGGUGAGCUUCCUGCUGUGAUGCCUUAACAAGAUUAAUCUAAGAAUCCCAUGGUGGUGGCAACUUAGCAGCCAACUGCUCCAUCACCUCUUUGUCGUGAACCAGUCGGCACACGAUUCCAGUACUCCACGGAAUCCUUGAUGAAUGCUAAAUGCAAGUGUCUCCGAAGAGAAAACGUUAUCUUAUACAUCAGAAUCAGUAGAGCAAUGAGUAUAUAUGGCGCAGUGUUCCCAUGGCUUCCACUGGAUGCUCUACAAGAUCAAAUAAUUUAGCACAUUAGUUAGCGACGGCGAUUCAUCGUGCAAUCCCGAGUCGCAGCGGAGACUAAUUUGAACUCAUGGCUAUCGAUCUGCUUUCCAUGAGAGCAAGGCUUCUUUUUGUUUCUGUUUCAGCAACUGGUGAUCAGAAUGGCAGUCAUCAGUACGAGCACUUGAUUCGACAGGUUGUCGCUUCAGAUCCUCCUUCGCCUGCAAAUGGCGCCUGCAAAUCCAUCAUGGGGACUUACGUCUACAAGUGCGAAGAACAUGAAGUGACGACAAAAGAUGGUUACAUCCUUGGCGUGCAGAGGAUUCCCAUGGGGCGGUCACCGGCACGCAACGGAGGUAGUGGCACGCCGAUCUUGCUGCAGCACGGGCUAUUCAUGGAUGGUUUGGGAUGGCUACUGAGUUCGCCGGAUGAAUCACUGGGAUACAUUUUGGCCGACGAGGGAUACGAUGUUUGGAUCGCCAAUAGUCGUGGAACAAAGCACAGUCGAAGGAAUACUGGGACUGGUCAUGGGAUGAGCUUGCGGAAUACGAUCUUCCUGCCACUGUUGAGUACGUUUACGGGCAUACGGGAAAGCAGAAGCUUCACUAUGCGCGGCAUUCUCGGGGAACUCUGAUGGCUCUCGCAGCCUUCUGCCAUUCUGAGCUGCAAGAGAUGGUGAGAUCAGCUGUCUUGCUCUCCCCCACCGCUUACUUGAACCUGAUCGGACCCGCUUUUGUGAGGAUUGGAGUGGAACUUUUUUGUGCCAGAGGUAAAUAUAUGGGACUCUCAAAUCUUCAUUCAAGGAUGCAUUC